AUGCCAGAUCCUGAAAGGAAGAAAUCCAAAAAAAGCGGCGGAGAAAAAGCUCAAGCCUCUGCGAUCACCGAUCCUAGAUUUGCCAGCAUCCAGACCGACCCUCGUUAUCGUCUUCCUAGCAAACGCCAGACUCAUGUGAAGCUCGACAAGCGUUUCUCGCGCAUGCUGCGCGACAAGGAUUUCUCUCGGAACGCAGCCGUAGAUCGAUAUGGCCGCAAACUCGCCCGUGAUGACACGAAGAAGCAGCUGCAGAAAUUCUACCAGCUAGACGAGGAGGAAGAAGAGGACGGGGAGGAAAGGGAAAGCGAGGUCAGCAUUGAUGACGAUGAGGAAGUCCAGCGAGAACUGAAAAGGGUCGAAGAUCGACCUUACGAUCCUGCGAGAGAUGGCGGGUACUCUGAAUCGUCAUCCGAGGAGGAAAGCUCGAGUGAGGAAGAGUCUGAAGAUGAGAUCGAGGAUUCUGGCGAGGAGCUCGAUUUCCCAGAUAAGCAGCAGGCUGAUGUGCCGAUGGGAGAAGUCACGGACCGAAUAGCAGUCGUGAACCUCGAUUGGGAUAAUGUUCGUGCGGAGGAUCUGAUGGCGGUUUUUCACAGUUUUCUUCCUCCCGGGGGUCGGGUGUUGAAGGUUUCUGUGUACCCAAGCGAAUUUGGCAAGGAACGGAUAGAGCGGGAAGAAAUCGAAGGACCUCCGAGGGAAAUAUUUGCAAAGAAACAGGAUAGUGACGUGGAGGAGGAAGAAGAAGAAGAAGAAGAAGUCGACUCUGACGAGGAGGAAGAGAAGAUUAAAAAGUCCAUGUUGAAGGAAGACAAGGGUGAAGACUUCAAUUCCACGCAACUACGUCGCUAUCAGCUCGAGAGGCUACGAUACUACUAUGCUAUUCUGACCUUUUCGUCGAAGGACGUAGCGAAGCAUGUCUACGAUCUGGUGGAUGGCGCCGAGUAUCUGUCUAGUGCCAACUUUUUCGACCUUCGAUUUGUACCCAACGAAACAGACUUCACCUAUGACAAGCCCCGGGAUGAAUGUGAACGGAUACCGGAUGGGUACAGGCCGAAUGAGUUUGUCACUGAUGCACUUCAGCACAGUAAAGUCAAGUUGACUUGGGAUGCGGAUGACAAGUCUCGUCAAGAGGCACAAGCUCGCGUUUUCAGCAGAAGCCGGAAGGAAAUCGAUGAAGAUGAUCUUAAAGCCUAUUUGGCUAGCGAUAAUUCCGACGAGGAGGAUGAAGAUGGACAAGUGGAAGUUGUCGAUGCUACUACCGGGAAGGGCGAAUCAAGCUCCAAGUUAUCCAAAAAGGAGGCAGAGAAGCAACGCAUGCGCGCAUUACUGGGCUUGAGCACGGAGCCGUCCAAAUCCUCCAAGUCAGAUGGGCCUGUUGGGGAAAUGGAAGUCACCUUUACGUCGGGUCUGGCCGGCGAUCCCAAGCGGGACACUAUCUUUGAGAACGAGCCUGAGCCCGAGGAGACUACGAUCGACAAGUACGUGCGCAAGGAGCGCGAGAGGAAGAAGCGAAGAAAGGAGCGGCUGAAGGCAGCCAAGCGCGGCGAGACGGUCGCUGAACCAGGAAACGAGGAAAGCGACCACGAGUCUGCCGCCGCGAAAGUAGAAGCCAAUGAUGCAGAAUCGAAAGAAGACCUAGGAUUCGACGAUCCAUUUUUCGACGACCCAGACGGCAAGGCCGCAGCAAAGGCACAUCGCAAAGAAGAGAAGCGCAAGAAACGUGAAGAGCGUGCAGCUGAAGAAGCUGCAGCGGCCGCGAAACGCGCGGAACUGGAGCUACUGAUGAUGGACGACAAGCAAUCUGAAAUCAAGCAUUUUGACAUGAAUGAAAUAGAAAAAGCCGAGAAGCAGGCUCGCAAGAAGAAGAAGGGCAAGAACAAGGCAACAGGCAGCAGACAGGAUGAGACAUCAGCCGCCGCCGACAACUUCCAGAUGAACGUCGACGAUCCACGUUUUGCUCGUUUGUACGAGAGCCACGAAUUCGCGAUCGACCCGACCAACCCACGAUUCAAGCCGACAUCUGGCAUGAAAGCGCUGCUAGAAGAGGGACGUAAGCGGAGGAGAAACCAGGAGACUCUGGACGAGGAUGAGGGCCCUGAGAGAAGCAAGAAACAGAGAAAGAAGUCUGAUGCGAAGAGGGCGGCUGACGGACAGGAUGACCUCAAAAAGUUGGUCGAGAAAGUCAAACGAAAGACGCAAAAGACUUGA